AUGAAGGGGAACCGGUUUGAGGAGGUUGAGUUCAGUUUUAGCCACAUUGAGAUGGAGGUGCCUGUGAACAUACAAGUGGGGAUGUCUGAUGAGAAGUUUCCAAAUAUGAAUGUGGAGCUCGGGACUGAGGAGAAUGAAGAAAACAUUCUUGCAAACCAAAAAACAUCAGGAAAUGACUCCUCACGGAAUAGAGUUGUGCAAAAGGGAGAGCGUGUCAACACCAAACAGGGGGAAGAGUGUGUCAGCAUUGAGGAAGACUCUUCAAAAGACACAGAAAACAAUGAAGACAUGCAUCAAAAAGGGUGUCUCGAAAAGAAAUACGAUGCAGUUUGUGUUAUUUAUAAGAAACAUAAAACCACAAUUAGGUACAUCAUCUGGGGCAUAUUAUUAGCAGGUACAUAUGCCCCUGGAGCUGAAAGCUUCAAAUUUAGUUUUAGGAAGAGAGGAUGCAUGCCUGAGGGUGUUUUUGUUCACUGGAGACCUGUCUUUUGGGGAAUUGGGUUACAGUUUACUUUUGGACUCUUAAUUCUAAGGACAAAACCUGGUUUUGUAGCUUUUGACUGGUUGGGCAAACAAGUUCAGAUUUUCCUGGAGUACAGUGAUGCUGGUGCUUCAUUCGUCUUUGGUGAGAAAUACAAAGACCACUUCUUUGCAUUCAAGAUCCUGCCAAUUGUGAUUUUCUUCAGCACAGUCAUGUCGAUGCUCUACUACCUCAGGCUGAUGCAGUGGGUCGUUAGAAAGGUCGGAUGGGUAAUGCUAGUUACCAUGGGAACAUCUCCUAUUGAAUCUGUGGUUGCAUCUGGCAAUAUAUUUGUUGGACAGACAGAAUCUCCACUACUAGUUCGACCAUAUCUACCACACGUCACCAAGUCUGAGCUCCAUGCAAUCAUGACUGCUGGCUAUGCCACCAUUGCUGGAAGUGUCUUAGGUGCAUACAUUUCUUUUGGGGUUUCAUCCUCUCACUUGUUAACUGCUUCCGUUAUGUCAGCACCUGCAUCACUGGCUGUUGCUAAACUCUUUUGGCCUGAGACAGAAACACCUAAAAUAACCCUCAAGAAUGCCAUGAAAAUGGAAAAUGGUGAGUCGAAAAAUCUCCUGGAAGCCGCAACACAUGGUGCGUCCUCAUCCAUCUCCCUGGUGGCAAAUAUAACCGUGAAUCUGAUUGCCUUCCUGGCCCUGUUGUCUUUUCUGAAUUCAGCCCUGUCCUGGUUUGGAAACAUGUUUGACUAUCCACAGCUGAGUUUUGAGGUAAUUUGUUCCUACAUCUUCAUGCCCUUUUCCUUCAUGAUGGGGGUUGACUGGCAAGACAGUUUUAUGGUUGCCAAACUCAUAGGUUAUAAGACAUUCUUCAAUGAAUUUGUGGCUUACGAGAAGCUCUCAAGAUUUAUUCAGUUGAGGAAAGAAGCUGGACCCAAAUUUGUGAAUGGGCUGCAGCAAUAUAUGUCGAUUCGUUCUGAGACCAUUGCCACGUAUGCCCUCUGUGGCUUUGCCAAUGUUGGUUCCCUAGGAAUAGUGAUUGGCGGACUAACAUCCAUGGCUCCUUCCAGAAAGCAUGACAUCGCCUCAGGGGCAGUAAGAGCUCUGAUUGCAGGGACUAUGGCCUGCUUCAUGACAGCCUGCAUUGCAGGCAUUCUCUCUAGCUCUCCUAUGGACAUCAACUGCCAUCACAUUUUAGAGAAUGUCUUCAACCUCGGCUUACCUAGAAACACAAGCGAAGUAGUCUUUUGUUGCCAAAAUCUAUUCAACAGCAUUAUCAAUAAGGGUCCAGGUAUGGACAUCCCAGGAGGAAACCACAGCCUGUAUUCUUUGAAGGGCUGCUGCAAAUUGUUGAAUCCACAAACAUUUAACUGCAGUUGGAUCCCUAAUAUAGUUUGA